UUAACAUUUCAAGCCAUUCGUAAACAUUACUCUUGCUGUGGUGCUAUUAGCAGAGCCGUCAGAAAUAAGUAAUUGUAGUUCAUAAAGAUUCUGCGUUUUUAUUGUUACUAAUAAUAUUGAUAUGAAUCAGCGGCUAAAUUUCUUAGCGCUCAUAUUAAUUGAUGCUCUUGAUGAUGAAAACGAAGAAGACAUUUGCAGUAUACUUGAUAAAAAUAUGGUGGAUCCGAGUUUCGUGCCUAUUGAGCGUGGUAUUGCACCACUGCAUUUCUCGUGUGGUAUGGAAAAUGCUGAAUUGUCAUAUAAAAUAACUAAACGAUUUCUCGAAAGCGGAGCUAAUCCAAAUGUUCUUACUGACGAAAAUAUGACCCCACUUCACAUAGCGGCUAUGCACGGACGCGUUGGCAUAGUAGAAAUGCUACUGGAGCACAACGCUCAGUUAGAUAUUUCAGAUGAUCAACGUAAAACGCCUUUGCAUUAUGCGAUUGAAGAAUGCUACUUUGAAGUUGUCCAAGUUAUGCGCGAUCAUAUAUUCCAAAACAAAUUUAGAGAAAAACAAAAACAGCACUCAAAAAUAUUAAAAUGUAAACAAAAUGUCUCACAGGAUUCAUUGUCGAAAUCUAAAUUCGAAUACUAUUUACAAAAAAAAAUAUGUAAUCAAAAAACUUCCACACCAAAUGCUGAACCAGAUUGCAAAAAUACUCCCGACAAAGCAAAUAACAAAGCGCUUAGAGUGACGAAUGAAAUGUUGGACAGCAUCAAAUACACACCAAAUCGAGUACAUUACAACUACGAUGUUACUUCACCUUACUAUAUAAAUAUAACACAUCGGCGACACCAGUUGCAGCCAAAGUUUCCGGUAUUGGACUUACCGCCUAAAGAAUCAGCUGACAUAGGAAAAAAUACAGAAACGUCUGAAAAAAUGAAUUUAGUUAAUAAAACGUUUGUGUUAGAUGAAUCUUCACAAGCUGAGGAAAAACCAAUAAAUUUAUUUGCAUUAACACGUGAAAACGUUGAAGAACUUUCACAGACUGCACCAGACCAUAGUCGGUCACGCGUAUCCCUAAUAGACGUUUGGCGACAGAAGGUACAAAACACUAAAGCACGUCAAACUAUACUGAAAGAGUAUGACGACAUAAGUGAAAUGAUCGACAAUGUAAUGGCAAGUGAUCAUCUUAAUUUUACUAACGUUUUAUAUAAAGAAAAAUCCAGUAAGACGACUGAUGGAGAUAGUGGUGCUUGUGGUUCCAUAGCAUCACAUGAUCGUAAGGAAGGUUCAGAAGAAAGAGUACCACAACGUAAAGUACAAAAUGUGUCGUUGGGUGCGUUGAUUCAAAGAGUGGCAGAGGCUCAAACAGCCAAACUAAAUGUGUUACCGGACACCGAAAGUAGUUACCAAACGGUACCUGAGUUUGACGCUAACAGACAAAAUAACUUAGAAGUACCUGAUGCGAUGUGUGCCGAUUUAAGCGGUAUGAACAGCAGUAUGAGCUUCAUACGAUCACCCAAAAGUGAUUUUUAUUUACAAAUGAAGGAAGCUUAUGUGCAUACGGACGAUGAAAAUGGACUUGUGUUUUAUGAAACCAAAUUACCAAGCAAUCCCGGAAAUAAAGUGGCACAGCAAAGAAGUUCAGCUAUAAGAAAGCGCUGUAACUUGAAUCAGACAACGACGACGCAGUCCACUAACAUAACUUUGCCAAUUGAUUAUGAGACUGAUGAAUUACGUGCAGAACUUACAACUUUUGGUGAAGCACCAGGGCCUAUUACUAAAACUACAAAGCGUUUAUACAUUAAACGUCUAGUGAAGUACAAACGAAAUCCAGAAUUAAUGAAAGAACUUAGAGAAAAACAAAGUAGUCAGGACCAAAAAUUUUCUGUGGAAUUAUACCGUACGGUGCGCAGGGAGGAGGAAUUUGAGAAUAUAGCAAAUUAUUUGAAGUAUGAAGCAGAUGCCAUGUCCUAUUUUGCAAAUAAUAAAGAAAAGCGAAAUAUGCGUGAAGGUCAUCUUAAACAGAGCUUUAUAUAUAUGUUAAUAGAUCCUUGCAUAUCCUGUAACUUACCUGGGGAGAGUGUAUACCUUAACAAACCUGAUGUCUGGAAGCGUUUCCUACAUUCAAUAUUCUAUGUUGGUAAGGGUAAAUCCUCGCGUCCCUAUUCACAUCUGUAUGAUGCUAUGAAAGCACAUUCACAGCUGCAUUCUGGUAGAGGCACUUCAAAUGAAAAGAAAGUACCAGGUAAACAUCGAAAUAUAAUAGCAUGUUCUUUAAAGAUCUUCACUAUGGCUUUUAUUUAUUUAAUAGUUAGGAAACAUACACUCAAUAUGGAUCUCAUUAAAUCACCGCCCACUAAAUUUUCAAAUAACAAAAAACUUGAUCGUAUUUUAAAAAUUUGGGGCAAUGGAUGCGGCGUUGUUUGCUUGAAUGUAUUCCAUAAUAUUUUACCCAUAGAAGCAUAUACCCGUGAAGCUGCCAUAAUCGAUGCAUUGAGUCUUAAUCAUUUGACAAACAUAAAGCGCGGUGAUUAUUAUGGGCCAUCUAAAAACUGGUCAAUGAAGAUAAAGAAACAGCUGGGAAUAGCUCUACUAUAUAAAUCGUUGCAAAUCUAUCUUGCCGAAGGCGAAUCGCAAUUAGCACCAAGUGAUCUAAUUUAAGGACAGAUAUAUUUUUUUGAUUGAACUGUGAUUUAAAAUUCCUUAAACGUAAAUGUGAAAAGUUUCCAAAAAGCUAUAUUUGUAUAUAAGAUUUUCAAAAUACAACAUUAAAUUAUAAA